CACCCUGGAUCGAUACUCCUGAUGAGCUGAAGGCGGCCUUGAAAUAUCCUCCCCCCAGGCUCCUGUCUACUCACCUGCCAUUCCAGCUUUCCCCCAAGUCCUUCCUCCACUCCAAAGCCAAGGUAGUCUACACAAUGCGUAACCCCAGAGAUGUGAUGGUUUCAAGCUACCACUUCUUCCAAGCCUUUAAAGAUUUGAAGGAUUAUGAAACAAUGGAAGUGUACAUGGAGAGGUUCCUGAGUGGGGAAGUGCUUUUUGGUUCCUGGUUUGACCAUGUGAAAGGCUGGAUGGAGAUGAAGGAUAGAGCCAACAUCUUCUUCAUCACUUAUGAAGAACUACAGCAGAUGCCUUUUGUGUGCCUCUUGAUCAAGGGCAAGCUCUGUAUAUCAUGUAAGGCUCUAAGGCUUCAUAUCAGUCCUUUAAUUCCCCUUCUGCAGGACCUUCAAGGCAGUGUGCAGAGGAUCUGUCGUUUUCUUGGCAAUGAGCUGAACAGCCAGCAAAUUGAGUCAGUGGUGGAAAACGCCUCCUUCCAGAAGAUGAAGGACAACAAGAUGUCCAACUUUUCUUUAAUACCAGAGAGCAUUUUUGACCACACAAAAGCAAAGUUCAUGAGGAAAGGGAUUUCUGAGGACUGGAAGAAUCACCUGACAGUGGCACAGAGCGAAUACUUUGACCGUGUUUAUUGGGAGAACAUGUGUGGUGUGAAUAUGACCUUCCCUUGGGACUGAAGAA